AUGGCAUCACUAAAAUCCCACCUUCAACGCUUUGCCCAGCGCUUUAAGAACGACCCCCGCCAUUACUUUGUCGCGAUAACUCCCGUUGCAUCAGAACAGGGAUAUGUUGAAGUCAAGAUCGAACCCAAGGAACUCGAACAAGCCUUUAAAGAUAUGGGUCUCCUACUAAAGAAACACGGUAUCGAGACGGAAGAGAUUGUGUCUUGCACACGCAAAGAAAGCCCGAAUUGUAGUAUUAGGUGGAAUUUCGGGGGCGCAUUGAAAGCUUUCGCGGAGUUUAAGGAAGAGGAGGAGAGAAGAAAGAAUGAGGAGGGAAAGAAGGAAGAAGGGAGGUUGAUUGAUGUGCGUGAGGGCGAGAGAGGGGAUGCGGAAUUGGAGCCUAGCAGUCAGGAAGUGCAUAAUGCGAUUGAAUCAUCUUGA